AUCUCUUCCCUCCGAUAUCCGAAAAUCUCGCAGAUAAAAUAUACUCCGUAAUAUACUAUAGUAUUAAAAACAUAUUUUCUUUUUACAAAACCCAAAAAACCAGUACCAUUGCGCCACUAAGCAUCGGAGUUCACUGUUCUUUCCCUUUCUCUCUCGCCGGAAAACUCAGAAGCUUUAGUUGUUGGCAAACAAAGAGAACGUUCUAACUGGUGAUACGGUAGUUGUGCUCUUGUCGAGCUGUGCAGUUGCGGUUCAGCUAACUUGCCCUGUUCUGUGAUGGUAUUGAGUAUUUGAGUAUCAAUCAACGAGGGAAAGCCUUCCUUCCUUCAUGAUGGUCACUGCAGCAGCUAUUGGACUUGGUGCUGGAGAAAGGCUUCUUUCCUCCUCCUUUUCUUAUUCUGAUGUUGCAGAAAAGCUGUCAUGCAGCAGCGAUUUCACCUUUCCGUGCAAUCAGGUUGUUUAUGUAAAGAGUGUAAUAACUGCUAAGAAAUCCUCCAACUAUAGUCCUGGUUCUCUUUCCAGUCGUCGAAUCCGUUCCAUCAAGGCUCUUAAGGAGCACGUUGACAUUGCACUUGAUACUCCCAACAUGGAGCCCUGGGAUCAGAGAAUCUCUGAGUUGCUAAAUGAAAGCUCUGAUGGGGUAGAUCAUGUAGAGGCUCUCCUCCUGUUGCAGAAGUCUAUGCUGGAAAAACAAUGGAAUCUUUCGGCUGAGAAGAUGAUAACUUAUGUGCCAAAGGAAGAUAAUUCUAAGAAAGUUCAGGUCACAUGCUCAGGGACCUCUGCUAGACAGAGGAGAAUAGGUUCUCGACAGAAAGUUGUUGAUCGUAAAAGUCCUGUCAUACGAAUUAGUACGAGCAAGCGAGGGAGAUCCAUUAUUGGCACAGAGGUGGUUCAUAAUCGCUUAAUAAAAAGCUAUGUUAAGGGUGUUGUGAGUGAAGAGCUGCUCACUCACACUGAGGUGGUGCAACUAUCAAAAAAGAUUAAACUUGGCCUUUGUUUAGAAGAUCACAAGUCAAGACUGAAGGACAGACUGGGAUGUGAGCCUUCAGAUGAGCAAAUUGCAAUUUCCUUGAGAACUUCUCGUGCAGAUUUACAAGCAACAAUAAUGGAGUGUUCCUUGGCACGGGAAAAGCUGGCAAUGAGUAAUAUUCGUCUUGUCAUGUCAAUCGCACAAAGAUAUGAUCAUAUGGGAGCUGAAAUGGCUGAUCUUAUUCAGGGCGGCCUUAUUGGACUACUCCGUGGAAUAGAAAAAUUUGAUCCUUCAAAAGGAUUCAGAAUCUCAACUUAUGUUUAUUGGUGGAUUCGCCAGGGUGUCUCCAAGGCAUUAGCUGAUAACUCAAGAAUGUUAAGAUUGCCAAACCAUGUUCAUGAAAGAUUGAGUCUAAUCCGAAAUGCAAAAAAGAGGCUGGAAGAGAAGGGGAUAACACCAUCAAUUGAAAGAAUUGCCGAGUCUCUUAAUAUGUCCCAAAAGAAAGUGCGAAAUGCAACUGAGGCAAUCAGCAGGGUGUACUCUCUUGACAGGGAAGCUUUCCCCUCUUUAAAUGGUCUUCCAGGAGAAACACUCCAUAGUUACAUUGCUGACAAUCACCUAGAAAACAACCCUUGGCAUGGAGUUGAUGAGUGGGCACUCAAGGAUGAAGUAAAGAACCUGAUAUGUACAACAUUGAGGGAACGGGAGGGGGAGAUUAUCCGUCUAUACUAUGGUAUUGUUGACAAUGAAUGUCUUACCUGGGAAGAUAUUAGUCGACGGAUAGGAUUAUCCAGGGAGAGAGUUAGGCAGGUUGGGCUCGUUGCACUAGAGAAACUAAAGCACGCCGCAAGGAGAAGGAAACUUGAAGCCAUGCUGAUAAAACAAUGAUUUUUGAACGUCUGAGGUAACGGAUGAAAUUCACUGUAAAUAGAGAAAAGGUCUGCAAUUUAGGUUUAUUUUUCCGGAUUGAAGAAGAGACUACAGUUUGUAGUUCCUUAAUUAGCAGCAGAGACAGAAAAUAUGUUGCAGAGGUGGGACUGGGACCUCAAAUUGUUGAUGAAGAAUCAAUCAUUGUUUAGCAAAGUGAUUUUAGAUCCUUGACAUACACACCAAGAAAUAUCAAUGUAUAUUGAGACAGGCAGUAAAGAUUAGCAACUGAAUUGGUGAAAAUGGAAUUCUGUACAUACAAUUUCUCUGCAUACGAAAGUUUUAUUUGCAAGUCAAACGUUGAUUAAAUU